GCUAUUUCCGGUGUCCACUGACUUGACGAUGAUACGCAGUUUGUGAGCGAGCGUCGGACAGACAGGCAAGAAGAAGCAGCAGCAGCAGAAGCAGCAGCAGCUUCUCCAAGCUCCCGAGCACGAUGUCCACCGCCCCUCUGACCGCGUUGGCGGUCCUCUGCCUCGCGCUCCCGCCGGGCUGUCGGCCGGCCGGCGACGACGACGACGCGCUCCGGGACCCGAUCCGCGGGAACUGGGACUUUUCUACCCGCUUGUAUCGGGCGCUGGCGAGCCGCACCGACGACAACGUCUUGUUGGCCCCGGCGUCGGCGCGGCGCGGCCUGGAGGCGCUGCUCGCCGCCGCCGGCGGGACGACGCGGGAGCAGCUGCGUCUGGCGCUCGGUCCGGACCCUCAAAACAUCGCGGAUCCGUUCUCGGUGACGACGAGCGUGCCGCACGGGGGCGCCGCCCUCAACCUGAAGGAGGGCGUGGCCGUCUUCGCCGACGCCAGCGCGCAGCCGUCGACGUCGUACGCGGAUCUCGUCCAAAGCGAGUUCGGCGGCGCCGUGAAAAGCGUAAGCUUCGCCGCGUCGCGGGACGCCGCCGACACCGUCAACGCCUGGGUCCGGCGGCAGACCGGAGAUGAGGUUCGGGACCUGGUGGGCGAACUGGAGCCCGACACGCGGCUGCUACUUGCGACUGCCGCAUCCUACCGAGGUCGCUUCAGUCAGGCGUUCAACGCCAGCGCCACUCGGGACGAGCGCUUCUACGUGGACAAGUACCACGUGGUCAGCGUGCCCAUGAUGUUCCGGGCCGACAAGUACUUCCUGGCGUACGACCGCUCGCUGAAGGCGGGCGUGCUGCGGCUGCCCAUGGCGGACGGAGCGGCCGUGCUGGUGGUGCUGCCCGACGAAGACGUGGACGUCGGCGCCGUGGAAGACCGCGUGACGUCGGAAAAGGUCCGGGACUGGAUCGGGCGGCUCAAGAAGACGAAGCUGGAGGUGCAGCUGCCGCGCUUCCUGUUAGACCGUUCCUACUCUCUGGCGGACGUCCUGCGCGCCCUGGGCGUCGUCCGAGCGUUCGGGGAGGACGCCGACCUGAGCGACGCGGGCGUCCCUCCAGGCGUCGCCGUGUCACAGGUUCUUCAUAAAGCCGUCGCGUCGAUGGACGAGAGCGGCGGAGGAGACGCGUCGGGAGGCGGGGCCGCCGCCGUCUUCUCCGAUCCUCCCCCUCGACUGACCGUCAACCGACCGUUCCUCUUCGUGGUCUACCAUCAGGCCGGCGGCGACCCGCUCCUCAUGGGGCGACUGCGCGACCCCACCAAGAAAUAAGUCCGCGUGGACGCUCGCGGUCGCCCGCGCAGGUUGAAUCCAGGCGACCCGACUCCAAAAGCAAACUCGCGACGCCUCUCAAAGCGCGAGGACCGAGUCCCUCCGAGCGACCCUCGAGGCCGAUUCCUACUCUCCACGUUGCGCGCUUCCGUUGGUAGCGUGCCACGUUUGGGGGUCGCGCGCGCGCCGCACGCGUCCCCCGGGCGUUGCACGCACACCCACCAACAAUCCGUAGGCAAGCAAAAACAAAGGGUUACUUGUUGCUUGCGAUUCGUUGGCGUAAUUAGCUGUCACUUUUCAAGGCAAUCAAAGACAAAACUGAUAAGAGCCAAAGACGUCAUUAGCAUCUUCAGAAACUUCAUUUGGGACGCAAAACGGUGAAGACAUUUUGGCAUUUUUAGAGGGUUGGGAAAAAGAUUCCAAAGUUGGGAUCACUUUGGAAUCUUUCUUCUGGUCCACAGUCGGCAGUUGAAGGAGGAGGAGGUCGCCUUCCUUUGACCACGACGACGUCCAAAUUGUGGAUCGGGAGCACCGCCGGUACAAAAGAAUGCCAAGGAAGUCGUCAACGUCCAACGAGAGUUGUAGUGAUUCGGGAGUAGGGAAGAAUGAAACGAUUGCAAUCGUUCGCUCGUUCCCUCCCGCCGAAUGGCUCCAAAGAGAUCGUCGGCGGCCCAUGCCGGGAUUAUCCAGGUCCGCCGUUUGAAGUGGCCCAUCGAGUUGCAACAUUUGGAAGGGAAGGCGUCUUCAACUCACCAGAAAUGUCAAGUCGCCUCCAUUCAACCUUCGCGGGUCACCAAGAAAUCACGCCGUCGUCGCCGAGCGCCGUUAUUUAGCCAACGCAGCGCCCAACGCGUCCAGAAGGGCGGCGUCUGUGAGCUCUCGGCAUGCUUCCGCAUAGUAACCGCUUUAUUAGGCGCACGUUAUUACGCAUUAACCCUCCCGCACGCGUCACCGUCGUUUAAUGUUGUUCUCGGAAAAAGGACGUCGCGCUCGAUUGGAGCCGCGAUCGAGCGGCCGUAUCGUUAGGAACCCCUUCGACAACGUAUGCGGACGCCGGCGCGGGAAUAAAGUUAUCGAAUCCGACGUCGGCGUGAACUUCCCUGAGCUACAACGCCAACCCCAAGCUAACAUUUUUACAGACGAUCCAUCGCAGCGACCCCAGAUACCGUACAAAUACGCCCCCAGUGGCGGCGAGCAGUGUAUACAUGUAAUAAUAUCGUAAAAAUAGCGCGAGUGCUAUAAUCGUCCGCACAUGCUGUCGGCUCGCACCUUUGACCUUUUUGCUGUCCGAUAAAAAUCUAAAUCUAAUUUUGACGAACAAUGUCAGGCGUCAGUCCUCAUUCAGACGACUGAAAGUGCUUAUUUCGCAAUAAGGGUCAAUCACCAUUUUGUGUUUGAAGUGAUUCAUUUAAGAGCACGAUUCUAUAAAUUGGGGUGCAGUGAUUUGUCCUCUUUCUUUGUCGGAACGCAAUAAACACCUUUGACUGAAAUAAA